UCUGCAGUUCCAUGAGGUGUAGAUGGAUCACAUGUACCAGCGGUGCUGGAUCAUGCGCGCAAAGGUCAUCUGGAAAGCGCCGAUGCGGGAGGGUUUUGAUGGUCGUCCACUGCUAAGGGCCAUUCUAAUGGAUCUAUUGGGGACUAGGAUGGAGGCCAUCGCGUGUGGGUCUGAUGCUGAAAGGUUCAAUCAAGGACUCUAUGAUAAUCACAUAUAUGACUUUGCCAACGUCGGGUUUGAACCAACUAUGACGCUGUACAGAUUUUUUUGGUACCUAGACUCUGAGUACUACAUGUCUAUGAUCACUCAUACUACUGUGAACACCCCGGCAAGGCGUAUAGAGUUCCCAAUAUGUCCAAGUGUUUUCAUGGACUUCAACGACGUCUACUCACGCCCCCACAGGACGAUAGCAGAUGUUGUAGGUUUAGUGCUUCAUGUGACGGAUAGUCAAUAUCGGUGGUCGUUCCCUAGAAACAUUCCUGUUACAGACAUGGCGCUUAUGAACACAUGUUAG